GGCAAACGCUGAUACCAAUCUGUAACCUAUUUCAUGUGUCUUACAACACGGAGUUAUGGCUUUAGUGUAGGUAGAGGUUUUCUGUCGUGAAAUUGAGCGGGUUUAUAACAGGCUUAUGAGCCGGUUAUUGUAGAGAACUGACAGCCUGCGUGUCAUCCCUGUGUUAAAUGGAGCGACUUCAUGCUGAUCACUCAGUCGUGUAGAUUCGGGGGACGUGUCAGCUCCUGUAUCCUCCCGUCCUUGUUCCGUCUUUUCUCCAGUAGUUCCAGCAGCAUGGCAAAGAGUAAGUUCGAGUAUGUCCGCAACUUUGAGACGGAUGACACUUGUCUACGGAACUGCUACAUUGUGGUGAGACUGGAUGGUCGCAACUUCCACAAGUUUGCUGAACAACACAAGUUCACAAAGCCUAAUGAUGACAGGGCUUUAGGACUGAUGAAGAGGAGUGCACGCUCCGUCAUGGAAGAGCUUGAAGAUAUAACGAUUGCAUAUGGACAGAGUGACGAGUUCAGCUUUGUUUUCAAGAGGAGUUCCACUUGGUUUAAAAGAAGGGCCAGCAAGCUGAUGACCCAUGUUGCCUCCCAGUUCUCUUCCUCCUACGUGUUUUACUGGAAGGAGUUUUUUGGCGAGCAGCCCCUCCUUUACCCUCCAGGCUUUGAUGGACGUGUGGUUUUAUAUCCAAGCAAUCAUAACCUUAAAGACUACCUCAGCUGGAGGCAGGCUGACUGUCACAUUAAUAACCUGUAUAACACAGUGUUCUGGACAUUAGUACAGAGAGGAGGCCUGACCACCGCACAGGCAGAGGAUCGUCUGAAGGGAACAUUGGCAGCAGAUAAAAACGAGAUCCUGUUCUCAGAGUUUGACAUCAACUACAACAAUGAAUCUGCCCUCCACAGGAAGGGCACCACGCUCAUCUGGGAGAAGCGAGACGAGACUGUCGUCAAACGCGUGAAGCUGCCAAACGAGGAGGAGAAGGACGUCCCCGUCACCCGCAGCAGGAGGCGAGUGGAGGCGUACCACUGCGACAUCAUCGGGGAGCAGUUCUGGGAGGAACACCCGGACGUCCUGGAGGAGGACGGCUGCUGACGGCGCCUCUCUCGCUCCUGUUCAUGGAGAACAGCUCUGAACUCCUCUGACUGAGCAAGUCUCAAACAUUUUACCCAUGAAGCUCCAUGUCCUUGAAAGGCUUUCUGACACUGAAGCCUUCUGAUGAGUGACUUUGUACGAAUACUUUCCCACAGCCGGAACAUUUUCCUCCUCUUGUGUAUUCCGCUCCUGUAAUCUUCCCACCAUGGAGGAACUUUUCUGCUUGAUGUGUAAAAUGUCUGUCAUGUUGAAAGAAAAGAUUUUAGGCUCUCUUAAUGAAGGUGUGGCGUGCAAAGCUAUUUUCCAAUUCGAUAUCAUG